GGACGUCUGCGCAUCUGGAUGUUCAUUCAUCUCUGAAGCACAAAGACACCGAGCAGCAAGACAUCUCGAUAUAUCCUCACUGAAUUCUCGCGAGUUGAACCGUUCACGACAAUAUAUUCAAGAUGAUGAACCCGAAUCUCAUGCUCGUUGCGCUCGCCGCAUUGGCCAUCGGCCUCCCCCUAAACCAACUGCCCAAUUUUGUUGAGGGGGUUGUAGAGCGUGCCCUCGAGGCCGAUGUAAUCAACAAGCCAACUGUUACUGUUGGUGUUGGUUUUGGCUACGGGGCAGUUGAGACAGCGGCUGCAGAGGCUGCCAAGCGUGACGUUGGGGCUGCCGAUGUAAUCAACAAGCCAACUGUUACUGUUGGCGUUGGUUUUGGCUACGGGGCAGUUGAGACAGCGGCUGCAGAGGUUGCCAAGCGCGACAUCGAGGCUGACGCAGUCGACCCGCAGACUGUCACAGUUGGAGUUGGCUUUGCCUACGGGGCAGUUGAAUCGGAGGCUGCAGAGGCUGCCAAGCGCGACGUUGGAGCUGCCGAUGUAAUCAACAAGCCUACUAUUACCGUUGGUGUUGGUUUUGGCUACGGGGCAGUUGAGACAGCGGCUGCAGAGGUUGCCAAGCGCGACGUUGGAGCCGCCGAUGCAGUUGACCCACAGACUGUUACUGUUGGAGUUGGCUUUGCCUACGGAGCAGUUGAAUCGGAGGCUGCAGAGGCUGCCAAGCGCGACGUUGGAGCCGCCGAUGUAAUCAACAAGCCAACUAUUACUGUUGGUGUUGGUUUUGGCUACGGCGCGGUCGAAUCGGCAGCUGCAGAGCCUGUCGCCUAAAUCGCAAAAAACCCGAAGAACACAGUAAACGACAUAGUCGGUUUCUCACAACAAGUAGGGAACAAAUGAAUUGCCAGACCCCCCUCUAAGGUGCUUUUUCCUGGAUGCGGUUGCUGGUGUUAGUCCUAAGGUAUAAACGGUGUGGGGGCCACGGCGAUGUCUUGUUGCCAUCAGUGAAGCUUCGAUGGCAAUGGGUUUAUAUAUAGGGUGGUACUCGGUCGUUAGGCGAUUGUUUCAGGAGAGCUUCGGUUAGGAAUCGGCUAGUUACGCUGGGUAGUUCAAGUGUUAGAUAUACGAGGUAUACAAUGUUGUGCUAAGGUUCAUUUUGAAAAACUCACAACAGUA